GAUGUGAGGAACAGAAGUGCGUAGGAGGGGGAAAGGGGGCUGAGGUCCAGUCCCAAGGUUCCAACGAGUCCAAGGCCCCCUCAUUGUGAGGCAAAGCCACGGCGAGAAAGCGCACACACUGGCACACAUGCCUGUCUUCGUCGUCUUUCAGGGGAUGCUCGAUUGAGGCGAGAAAGACCGGUCCUCCUCCUCUUCUCCUCCUCCUCCUCCUCCUCCUCCUCUCUGCAAUGGCUUGCAGCCAUAUCUGGACGCCGUCGAUGUUGGCGCAUCCCACCCUUUCCUCCUCUCUCUUCCGCUCCCACAAUUUCACCUUGUCUCCCUCUUCUUUAUACUCUCCUCUCUUCCCUUCACUCUCUCCUUCCCACUGCUGCUGCUGCCGCCUCCCACAUUUCCGCUUGUCUCUAAUUGCACCCGUACCAUUCUCGCCUUUAGCAUGAAGCGCUGCUUCCCUGCUUCCCACCCCUACCCUGCCUCUUCAUCUCCUCCCUUAGUAUGCAGCAGUCCCUCCAUGGCAAACGAGUCCAGCUCUCUUGAUCACCCUCUUCAAUUCCUGCCCCAAGUCCCUUUUCCCUCCUCUGCUGUUGCUCCUCACCGCUCUCCCUCCAAUUGCACUUCUGUCCGACCCCUAGCCCCCAUGUCUUGCAAUUCUUCUCAUGUUCCGGCUGCUCCGGAUCCAACCACUGACCCUCCACGUCCCAACCCCAUUGUUCCCCACCAUGACAACACCGCCACUCUAGACUUCGAGCGAAAGAAGCUCGAGCGGGAUCAGCGGCGCAAGCACGAAGUAGAAAUGAAAGCAGCGCGAGCAAGAGAAUACGAGGCGCGGUGGCACGCGAAUUGCGCACAAGAUAUGAGUGAGGAUUUAUUUGCUUCUGGAUGGAAGCAACCCCCAAUGAGAGCAGAUGGAUUCGGAGGCUGGGAAUAUGCGUCGAUUCACGUUGAAGCUAACUCGGCUGCACUGCCUCAGUACCCGAGUUGGAAGAGAAACUUGCAUCCGCAGCAUUUGGACAGACGUUACGGAGGAUGGGAUCAGUAUCCUUCCUCUUCCUCCGAGGACACUGCUCUUGGUGGCUGGUUGUACUCCGAUCCAUCUGACCAAUUAGGUGAUUUUCAAAAAGAAGUGGAAAUUUUGGGCAAGAAGGUGAUGGUCACAGUUGCAUCCAAGGGAGCUACAGUGGAGAAGUGGCUCGAAGUACGCAAGGAGGAAGUCAAGUGGGGAUUGGACAUCGAGUGGCGACCUACGUUCCAAAAAGGCGACUACCAUAAUGCAGCACUCUUACAACUCUCUCUUGAGGAGUGUUGCCUUCUCGUCCAGCUGCGAUUCAUAGACAUGUUGCCUGCAUCCCUCAAAAGCCUUCUUGCAAAUCCGAAUAUAAAGAUGGGUGGAGUAGGUAUUUUGGCAGACACGAAGAAGCUGAAGAAGGACUACGGUUUGAUAUGUGCCGGCGAAGUGGAGCUGACAACACUAGCCGUGUCCACGUUGAAAAACACUUCUCUCAAGAAAUCAGGCAUUGCAACCCUAACUGAGAAGGUCCUUGGGGUUCCCUAUGAGAAGAACAAGCGUGUGACCAUGAGCAACUGGGAGAACCGUGAUUUGACAUAUGCUCAAAUUCAUUACGCUGCUGCAGAUGCAUGGUUGUCAUAUUCGAUCAUGAUGGCGCUCCUGAAUUACAAGGAGAUGCCACCCUCGGCUUUGUCAUUGGAGACUACGCCCGGCCGUACGGCCUCGGAUGUUGGGGAGAAUCUAGUUUCAGUUGAAGAUGCGGGCCCGCUUUUACAACCCUAGCAUCUUAAUUACUGCGCCAACUUCAUCAUGUGCUCAAUGUUGGAUGACUACUGUGGAGUCAAGGAUUUAGAUUACAUUCACUUGCCAUGUCUGGACUGAUCUGAAACCUCGACUGUCUGUUAGAUAUCUCAGUGCGUAGUGCGUGGCUUUUGCUAUGGCUAUUAUUCUUGCGCAUUCAAGUGAAACAGACAAAGUGUGUAGUGCUUGGAUCGGAAUUAUUGAGCUUUUGGUGGUGACAAGCCUUUACUAAAGCAGCUACCACGAUGUGAUGAUGUGGGCAGUGUUACAACACUUAGAAUGACGAGCUCUGAAUCUUUGAUUGAUGAAUUCAAGUUUGUUCUAUUGUACCAAAGAUUCCCUCUUCCUGCAA